AUGGACGCUCUCCUUGUGAAGACGAAGAAAGAAGUGGGCAAGGGAGGCAAGCUGAUUUACCUGUACGAUGGUCCUCCUAUUUUCCCUCCUCAGACUGCACAAAUGGUGUGCUUUACGAGCCCAAACGAGACGUGGUUUCGUAUGAUGGCGAAGAACCCGCACAAGCGAACUCUAUUCAUGCCCCUGUGGGAUCUCGAGGAGCUCCAAACUGCCGCGAAAGCACUUGAUCUGGCGAUGGAUACCUCAGAUACCCUCUUGAAUUACGAGGAGGGGGCUCUUUCGGUUCUGGAUAAAGUCGAGCAGCGCUACCGGACUUUUGGUGGUGUUGCUCGUGAAUGCCUGUCCACAGUUGAAAGCAUCAUCGAGUCACGGCAAAAAGAGAUGGAGAUAUUUAUGUCCUAUUUCGAAAAUGUCGACAACUUGGUAAAUUUUUUUAACAGAACAGAGGCUGAGGUGGUGCUCCACGGCGUUGGUCACUACAUACCCAACCCAGAAGGCCCCGGAUUGUAUACGCUUGUGGUGGCAUCUGAGUUUGUCAAGCAGUUUUUAACUGAUCGCUGGAAGAGGCUGGAGGCCAGCACGCGAAAUAAAAUCUGUCGGGAGUUGCAGGCUAUAUCGGCUGCUGCAUCGUUUCGGGGUGUGCUAUUCAACGUACAUGAGAAAACCGAGCAGCAAGAUCAUUCAGCUGGACCUUGA